ACGCCCAUGUACUUCUUCCUCUCCAACCUGUCCUUGGUAGACAUCUGUGUCACCUCCACCACCGUCCCAAAGAUGCUGGUGAACAUCCAGACACAGAGCAAAGCCAUCACCUACAAAGGCUGUAUCAGCCAGAUUUAUUUUUUCUCACUCUUUGCGUUGUUGGAUGACUUGCUUUUGACUGUGAUGGCUUAUGAUCGCUUCGUGGCCAUCUGCCACCCCCUGCACUACACAGUCAUCAUGAACCCCCGGCUCUGUGGACUGCUGGUUCUGGUGUCCUGGAUCACAAGUGCCCUGCAUUCCCUGUUAGAAAGUUUGCUGUUGUUGCGACUAACCUUCUGUACAGACUUGGAAAUCCCCCACUUUUUCUGUGAACUCAAUCUGAUGGCCCAACUUGCUUGUUUUGACAACUUUCUUAAUAACAUGGUGAUGUAUUUUAUAACUGUGCUCCUGGGUGGUGGUCCCCUCGCUGGUAUCAUUUACUCCUACUCUAAGAUAGUGUCCUCCAUACGUGCAAUCCCAUCGGCUCAGGGGAAGUAUAAGGCAUUUUCUACCUGUGCGUCUCACUUCUCAGUUGUCUCCUUAUUUUAUGGAACAAGC